UCUGAUGCCGCUCGGCAGCGUAAACACAGGUUGCGCAAGUUUGUCGGCGGGUCCGUAGCCGGUCCAUCGGUGUGACGGCGUUUUUGAUCUCCGAGCAGAGCCGGGAAUGGAUCGGAGCGACGGGGAGCAGAAUGAGAGCUGCUCGCCCCAACAAAGCACGAUGUGGAAACAGUUUCAGGCCAAAGCCAAACCGCUGCUCAGCCCCAAGCUGGGCGCCAGAGACCCCGAGGACAAGAAGGAGCGGAGCAUGUGGAUGUUCAAGAAGAUGAAGCGGAAGGAAAACGUCGUCCUGGACCGGGUGAUCUCCUCCUCGCAGCCCGACCUGCUCUUCUCCUCUCAGGUGGACGUGGAAGCGAAGGAGGCUCAGCUCUGCGGCAAAGCGGCGGGGGGCGGCUCCGGGCUCGGACGGGAGAAGCUGCAGUCGUCCUCCAAGCACAAGUCCGCCAGCCCGAAUAAGCCCACGGUGGCUCAGCUGGUGCAGUCCCACCACAAGAGCUCCUCUCUGGGCUCUGCGUGUCUGGAGAAGCUGGCCGAGCCACCGGCCGGCGGCAGCGGCGAGGGCGAAGCGGCAACAGCUGGUGCGGCGGCAGAAACGCAGGAGAAGCAGGACGAACAGCCGGGCAUUGCUGCUCCAUGCUCCUCGGGGGUCGCUCCUGAGCGAGCCGCCCCCAGCUCAGGGAUGUAUAAGCUGGAGAUUGAACUCAAGAGAGGCCACAACCUGGCUGUGCGAGACAGAGGAGGCAGCAGUGAUCCAUAUGUCAAGUUCAAACUCGCCGGUAAAGAGGUGUUCAGAAGCAAAACCAUCCACAAGAACCUGAACCCAGUGUGGGACGAGAAGACGACUUUAAUAAUGGACAGUCUGAGUGAACCUUUGUAUGUGAAGGUCUUUGACUAUGACUUUGGUCUUCAGGAUGAUUUCAUGGGUUCUGCUUACCUGUACCUGGAGUCUCUGGAGCAGCAGAGGACGAUACCUGUAACUCUGGUGCUGAGGGAUCCACAGCACCCUGAUCAGGACCUGGGCUCCCUGGAGCUGGCUGUCACCCUGACGCCUAAAGACAGUCCCAUAGAAGAACGACGAGACUCCACGACAAUGCUGCUCAGGAGGUCCUGGAAACGGUCCACGAAGCAGCAGCAGUCCAUGCGUCUCUCAGAGCUGCAUCGGAAAGCGCAGCUCUGGCGAGGGAUCGUCAGCAUCGCACUGAUCGAAGGUCGAAACCUGAUGCCCAUGGACCCGAACGGCCUGAGUGACCCGUACGUCAAGUUCAGACUGGGACACCAGAAGUACAGGAGCAAGACUGUGCCAAAGACCCUGAGUCCACAGUGGAGGGAGCAGUUUGACCUGCACCUGUAUGAGGAGACGGGGGGAGAGCUGGAGAUCACAGUGUGGGACAGAGACACCGGGAGGAGAGACGACUUCAUUGGACAGUGUCAGCUGGACCUCUCCACUCUGGCCAAAGAGCACACCCAUCACCUGGAGCUGCCUCUGGAGGAGUCCCGGGGCUACGUGGUGCUGCUGGUCACGCUGACGGCCUCGUCCCACGUCUCCAUCGCUGACCUGUCCAUCACGCCUCUGGACGACCCGCAGGAACGCAGGGAGAUACUCAAACGAUACAGUGCGUUGAAGUCGUUCUCUAACUUCAGAGAUGUGGGCAUCGUGCAGGUGAAGGUGCUGAGAGCAGAAGGUCUCAUGGCUGCAGACGUAACCGGUGAUUUAAAACAUCUCAUUUCUUUCUGCCUCGUCGUACAUUCAUUACUCGAAGUCCUUGUUUCCGCAGGUAAGAGUGAUCCUUUCUGUGUGCUGGAGCUGAAUAACGACAGGCUGCAGACACACACUGUUUACAAGAACCUCAGUCCAGAGUGGAACAAAGUCUUCACCUUUAACGUGAAAGACAUUCACUCGGUGCUGGAGGUGACGGUGUUCGAUGAGGACAGAGACCGGAGCGCCGACUUCCUGGGAAAAGUUGCCAUCCCCUUACUACAUAUCCGUAACGGUGAGCAGAAGAGUUACGUGCUGAAAAACAAGGAGCUGACGGCUCCGACCAAAGGUGUCGUCUACCUGGAGAUCGAUGUCAUCUACAACACUGUCAAAGCGGCUCUGAGGACCGUGGUCCCUGCAGAGCAGAAGUUUAUGGAGGAAGAACCGAAAGUCUCCAAACAUUUGCUCCAGCAGAACUUUAACCGUGUGAAGCGAUGCAUCAUGGUCCUGAUCAGCUACGGGACUUACAUCAACAGCUGCUUCGAGUGGGAGUCAGCUCAGAGGAGCAUCGUCUCCUUCUUGCUGUUUGUGGUGGUGGUGUGGAACUUCGAGCUCUACAUGCUGCCGCUGGCGUUGCUGCUGCUGCUGGUCUGGAACUACUUCUUCUCCUCGAGCAGGGACACGGCAGACAUGUCGAUGGAGGCCAUGUUUGAAUGGGAGGAUGAAGAGGAGGAUAAGGACGACAAGGACUCAGAGCCCAAAGGCUUCAUGGAUAAACUGUAUGCCAUCCAGGACGUGUUCAUCAGCGUGCAGAGCGCUCUGGAUGAGGUGGCGUCGUACGGAGAGAGGAUAAAGAACACCUUUAACUGGACAGUGCCUUUUCUGAGCUGGCUGGCGAUCACUGCCUUAUGCUUGGCCACACUUCUUCUCUACCUCAUACCUCUAAGAUACCUGGUUCUCGCGUGGGGUGUGAAUAAAUUCACCAAGAAGCUUCGAGAUCCGUACAUGAUUGACAACAACGAGCUUCUGGACUUUCUGUCCAGAGUUCCCUCUGAUGUCCAGGUGAUGCAGUAUCGUGAGCUGAAGGUCGACCCCGGACAGAGCCCCAGCAAACGUAAGAGGACAGCAUGAGUUAGCUGCUCUGUCACGUCCUCCAUCUCCUCUCUGCUGGAACAGUAAACGGUCGAACUGUAAACUAUGUAAACUAUGUUAUUUAUACAUUUCUUGUAUAUUUUGUUUAUUAUGAAACGUGUUGAAUUGCUUUUGGUUUGUUACUGUGGGAAGAUUUAUUUUCUAAAUCCUGUAAAGAAAAGGAAACAAAGCUCUUUAUGUUUUUUAAUCUCUUUUAUUUCCUGUAACAACACGACGUAUAAACCUGAACUUACAUGUGGUAAUGAUGUGUCACGAAUGUACACGUGUAUGUUACACAGAGUAUGCAUGUAUGAAGGUGUGGCACUGUUGCAUGGAAUCGUUGCAUCUUUUUUAUUUCUGUGUUUGUAGCUGGAUGUGUCGUCAGUGUCUGAUGUUAGGUUGAAGAUAGAGCUGCAUGUUAUUCCACGUAUGAAGGUAUUUACACGUAAACACCUCACACGACACACACGUCUGAUUUGGCUUUUGCAUGUUCCACCUCUGAACUGUUCCAAACAAACGGUAUCAGCUGGAUUUCAGAAGAACCACAUCAGAGAUUUAACCCGAACGCUGAAACAUCGAUUCUCAGCUGUUUGUUCUUCACUUGACUUUUUCUGCUUCUGUCUCGUUUCAGAUUCAGAUUCAGAUUCAGAUUCAUUACACAAAAUACAAUCAGCAGAUAAACGAUCAUGUUAUUGUAGGUUAGGAUGAUGCCGUCCUUCCUGUAAUGAGUAGUUUUACUUUUGAUGUUCACAGUGUUUUUUCCUGAUGAUACUUUUGAUGACACUUUUACUUCAGUCAGAUUUUAAAUGCAGGUGUUUUACUCUGAUCUGAGAACGUUUUCCUCCUCUGAUGCACAAACAAAGGGACCAUAAAGAUUAAGGACAUAUAACCAUGUAUGUUGUAUUUAACUUUAUUUCUUUGUUUGUUUGAUUUAUUAUUAUUUUAUUUUUUUUGAUAUUUUAAAUCUUCCGUAAAGAUGAACAGUCAGAUCAGCUCUGACGCUUUAUUCUCACUUCCUGCUUUUUUUUUUGGGCCAAAUGUUCGUUGACGUGUCCGGAACAGUCCGGGUUAGCUGUUGUUCUGUCAUCGGUUUGUUUCACAUGUGGAAGGUUCUGGAAUGAGAUCUCCUGCACGUCUGUGUGCGCUGUCAUAGUGCGUGUUUUAAAAGUGUGUUGCAUGAUCCAACAGAAAUGAAUAUGCAAGUGCAUUCACUGAUUCUCAACGUGAAGUUCAUCUGAUGCGUCCGUGGCUUGUGUGUGACGUCCACAUCCACCUGAGCUCCAGGUAAAGAGACAAGAGGCUUUGUUAGACCUCACUCUGUCAUCCUGCACAUCACCUGUUUACCUGGGAUGUUUGCUGUGACUGUAACGAAGGAGCAUUUAUCUGAGAAAACAUCUGUACACAGAGCCAGCGGCUCCCUGUUUGUCUUUAUCACAUAAACGUGGAGUAAAACUCGACUGUUAGAAAUGA